AUGGUGCUGUGCAUUACUUGUAUAACCAAAAUAGAGAAUGGCACCAACGUGGAGUCACCGAACAUUUUGUUAGAAAAAUUAUUUGGAUUGUUCGAUCAAGAUCGUGACGAAUUAUUGAAACAGGAAGAAUGGAUUGAAUUUAUGAAGGGUAGAUUAACAAAUGAAAAGCAACAAGAUUUCAUCGAUCAAAUAGAAAGCGUAGCAUUUGUAUUGUGUGCUGAUAAACCAUUGAACUUGACCAGUUUUGUUCAAUUAUUUUGCGCGAAAGGGGUAGUAGAUAAACUUUUUCGAUUGAUCGAUCAAGAAAAUUGUGGAUACGUAACUAAAAUACAAAUUAUGGAAUUUAUCAAUGACGUUAGUAAUCCAAGACCACGUGGUGGAUUCGACAAACGUAGCUUGGAAUGGUUGGAAAAUAUUUUUAAACAAACAGUUGGCAAUCAAAAGGAAAUAAGUCGUGAGGAAUUCAAAAAGAUUGUCACUUCAAAGAACCCAUUUUUUACCGAACGUGUUUUUCAAAUAUUCGACAAAGAUAAUUCAGGAACGAUAUCGCUUCAAGAAUUUAUCGAUGCUAUGAAUGAAUUUUCUGGCAAAUCUGCCGACGACAAAAUCAAAUUUCUUUUCAGGGUAUACGAUAUCGAUGACGAUGGUUUUAUACAAUAUCGAGAAUUGGAACACGUGAUGCGAGCAUGCAUGGAAGAAAAUGGAAUGAAAUUUAGUGAUGAACAAAUCGAAGAAUUAACCAUUGCACUUUUCGAAGAUGCAGAUACUUGUAAUCGUGGUGCAAUCACAUUCGAAGGAUUAAAAAAACAAUUGGAAAAGCACGACGGUUUUUUAGAAAAUUUAACCAUUAGCAUAGAUCGUUGGUUGGUCCCACCAAAACCGAAAGAUACAAAAAAAUCAUUUGGUGGAUUUUUAUCAUCGUUGCAACCCCAUCAAUUGACUAUGCCAUAUAUUAAAAAUAAUUACGUAUAUAUAACAUUUAUUUGUAUUAUAUUAUUCAUUAAUUUAAUACUAUUUGUUAAAAGAAUCAUCGAAUAUCGUCAAAGUAAUUUUUACGUAAUCCUGGCACGUGCUUGUGGUCAAUGCUUGAAUUUUAAUUGUACGUUAGUUCUCAUUCUGAUGUUACGCCAAUGUAUUACAUUUUUACGUAUCAAUGGUUUCUCAUCAAUACUCCCAUUGGAUCACCAUAUUUAUCUUCACAAGAUGACUGGAAUUUUGAUCAUUAUCUUUGGUUUCUUUCACACUAUUAUGCAUCUUCUUAAUUUUGGUAUCGUUGUUGUAAAUGACGAGAAAUUAAACAAUUCUAAUUACACAAUGGCCGAAUGGUUAUUUACAACUAAACCAAAAUUAUUUGGAUUGGUAGAAGGUUGUGCAAACCCUACUGGUAUUGCCCUAAUCGUCAUACUAAUUAUUAUGACCGUCUGUUCAUUACCUUUUGUAAGAAGAGGUGGUUGUUUCGAGAUAUUUUAUUGGACACACCUCCUUUAUGUACCAUUUUGGAUAAUAAUGAUAUUCCAUGGGCCAAAUUUUUGGAAAUGGUUCAUAGUUCCAGGUACCAUUUAUCUUCUCGAAAGAAUAAGAAGACUCGUUUGGUUACGUUCGCAACGUGGAAAGACUUAUAUAAAAUCCGGUCUCUUGUUACCUUCGAAAGUGAUUCAUUUGGAGAUCAAACGACCACCCAAUUUUGACUUUCAUCCUGGUGAUUACGUUUUCGUUAAUAUACCAGUGAUAGCACGUUACGAAUGGCAUCCAUUUACCAUCAGCAGUGCACCUGAACUAAAAGAUUACAUAUGGGUUCACAUAAGAGCCCUAGGUGGAUGGACCAAUACCGUCUACUUAUAUUUCGAAAGGGAACACUUGAAACUUCAUCGUGGUGACGAUUUAUCCGUCGAUGAUGCCAACAGUAACAACGUUAAUCUUACUCGUAAAAAAUCAUUUCUUGGUGUUAAUAUAGGAAAAAAAAAUAGAGAUGAUUCGUACACGUUAUCCGAUUCACGUGGAAUAGACAAUCUCGUUUUUGUUGAUGACGUCAAAGCUUCAUCCUCGUCAAAUUCGACUAUCAACGAUAGUGGAAAAUUUUUAAAAACACCCGAAUGUACACCGAAAAUGAUUAAAAUGACGGAAGAACCUAAAUUACGUCAAUUUUUAUUGGCGAGUAAAAUACCAUUGGAAAAAUCCUUUUCUGUGCCUGAUAUGCAAACGAGAAAUAAAAACAAACAACGUUUAAUCGCACUUCGUGAUUAUGGUAGAUCAGAAUCUGAAAAGAGUUUUGACGAGUCUCAAAUAAGCCGAGCAAGCACGAAAGUUUUAGGAAGAGCUUAUUUGAGUCCGCAAAAUAAAUCAUUGGCUGAGAGUGUUCGAUACAUGAGAACAAAACCUACGAUUGUUGCAUUUGAAACGCCAAGUCUUGAAAAUUACAAAUACGAUGAAACAACGAACACGAAUAACAGUUCGAUGAUAAUCACAGAAAAUACAAAUUAUACUUCAGCAACUUGUUCGAACAGACAGGAAGCUGCUGAGGAAGGAAGAUUGAACAACAUUAAUGAAGAAACUAAAAAAAUGAAUAAAAUGAAAUCAAUCGAGAUUAAAAUCGAAACAGCUUCUAACACAACUAUCGAUUAUCCAGUUGGAAAACCAUUAGAAAUAUUUUUAGAUGGUCCAUAUGGUGCACCAUCGAGUCACAUAUUCCAAGCACAACACGCGGUAUUAAUUGCAACAGGUAUCGGUGUAACACCUUUCGCAUCGAUUCUACGAUCGAUUAUGCAUCGAUAUUGGGAAGCCAGACAAACUUGUCCCAAUUGUCAAUAUUCUUGGGCCAAUGAAAUACCACCUACCAUUAUGCAUCUACGAAAGGUUGAUUUCUUUUGGAUUAAUCGUGAUCAACAUUCUUUCGAAUGGUUCGUCAACUUGCUAUCUCAACUUGAAAUGGAACAAGCUGAAUUAGGAAACGCAGUGGAACCUUUUCUCGAAAUGUACAUGUAUAUUACGAGUGCAUUACAAAGAAACGACAUGAAGGCUGUAGGUUUACAAAUGGCCAUGGAUUUACUUCACGAAAAGGAAAAACGUGAUCUCAUAACGGGAUUAAAAACAAGAACAAAUGCGGGCCGUCCAAAUUGGAACAAAGUGUUCAAUCAAUUGCAAGAUAAAAAAAAAGGCAAAAUUACCGUAUUUUAUUGCGGUCCACCACAACUCGCGAAGAUUCUUCGACACAAAUGCGAUCAAUUUGGAUUUAAAUUUCGAAAGGAAUCUUUUUAAUUUUUCUAUUCUCGUAGACACAUUCUGUUUCUUUUUCAUCUAUCAUUUUAUUUCG